GUAAUACCGACGAGGACCACGCGGCACAGAAGACGGACGAAGGCACGAGACAUGAUCCAAGGAUUGAGGUUAAACCGUGAAGAGUUCGGAUCUGCGGGAAUGAUGCGUGCAGACAACAGUCACAUAGACGUCCCUGUAACGUGUUCGGAAAGCGCGCUGGCCGUGGUGCUGAAAUCCGGUUUCUGUGUUUUCUCAAUGAAUGACACUGGCAGGAUCUGCACUCAACCAGGUGCCUACGGAUACACUCCAAACAACAUUCCCACAGGUAAUGGCUGGGAUAAGCGUGGAAGCUCUGACAGACAGCAGAUAAUAUGCCAUCGCAGACUGCACGGCUCACGCUCUGUGGCACGACAUGGCACGCGUAAAGAUGGGUUUUUUCGCUCUCCUGUGUCUCCCCGCAUGCCUCGUGAUCACCCACAGCAGCGGCAGCAUCCACGAGAGAUCGGUGGUGCCCCGCGCCGCGUCCCGUUCCGUGGCCCGCAUGGACGGGGACGUGAUAAUCGGCGCGCUCUUCUCUGUCCACCACCAGCCGUCUGCCGAGAAGGUGGCCGAGCGGAAGUGCGGGGACGUCCGGGAGCAAUACGGUAUCCAGCGGGUGGAGGCCAUGUUCCACACGCUUGACCGCAUCAACUCCGACCAACACCUGCUCCCCAACAUCAGCCUCGGCUGUGAGAUCCGGGAUUCCUGCUGGCACUCCUCUGUUGCCUUGGAGCAGAGCAUCGAAUUUAUCCGGGACUCUCUCAUCUCGAUUCGGGAUGAUAAGGACGGUUCCAAAUGGUGCAUCGACGGAACCCCGUCCAACCAGCCACCGCCUUCAAAGAAACCCAUAGCAGGAGUAAUCGGCCCCGGAUCCAGCUCUGUGGCCAUUCAAGUGCAAAACCUUCUACAGUUAUUCAACAUUCCACAGAUUGCCUACUCUGCCACGAGCAUCGACCUGAGUGACAAGACUUUGUUCAAGUACUUCCUAAGGGUCGUUCCUUCAGACACUCUACAGGCCCGGGCCAUGCUGGACAUCGUCAAGCUUCAUAACUGGACCUACGUGUCUGCAGUCCACACUGAGGGAAACUAUGGGGAGAGUGGCAUGGAGGCCUUCAAGGAGCUGGCCUCUCAAGAGGGCCUGUGCAUCGCCCACUCGGACAAGAUCUACAGCAACGCCGGAGAGAAACACUUUGAUCGCCUUUUAGGGAAACUAAAGGAACGUUUGCCCAAAGCUCGUGUGGUGGUGUGUUUCUGCGAGGGCAUGACGGUCCGUAAUCUUCUGAUGGCUAUGAAGCGACAAAGGGUGCGUGGGGAAUUCCUCCUUGUUGGCAGCGAUGGAUGGGCUGACCGUUACGAAGUGGUGGAGGGUUACGAGGAGGAGGCGGAGGGAGGAAUCACCAUGAAGCUGCAGUCGGAGGUCGUGAAGUCCUUCGACGACUACUACCUGAAGCUGCGUCUCGACAAGAACACCAGGAACCCCUGGUUCGCCGAGUUCUGGCAGUAUCGAUUCCAGUGUCGCCUUCCGGGGCAUCCGCAGGAAAACAAGAACUACAAAAAAGUCUGUUCUGGAAAUGAGGGCCUGCAUGAAAACUAUGUUCAAGACAGUAAGAUGGGCUUUGUCAUCAAUGCCAUCUACGCUAUGGCUCAUGGCCUUCAUGAUAUGCAUAAGGAGCUGUGCCCGGGCCAGACGGGACUCUGUGAGGCAAUGGAUCCAAUUGAUGGCAGCAAGCUGCUGGACUACCUGCUCAAGACGUCCUUCAGAGGAGUGUCAGGGGAGGAAAUUUACUUUGAUGAAAACGGAGACACUCCAGGCAGGUAUGACAUCAUGAAUCUCCAGAAUGUGGGUGACGAACGCUUCGACUACAUAAACGUAGGAUCCUGGCAUGAAGGCAUCCUUAACAUCGACGACAACAAGCUGUGGAUGAACAGCAGUGAGAUGGUUCGUUCAGUCUGCAGCGACCCCUGCUCCAAGGGACAGAUAAAGGUGAUAAGGAAAGGUGAAGUGAGCUGCUGUUGGAUUUGCACAACCUGCAAAGACAAUGAGUAUGUUCAAGAUGAGUUUACCUGCAAGGCCUGUGAGCUGGGAUGGUGGCCCGACGAAGAUCUUGCAGGCUGCCAGCCCCUGCCUCUGAAGUAUCUUGACUGGGCCGAUGUGGAAUCCAUUGUCGCAGUUGUUUUCUCCUGCGUUGGCAUCCUGAUCACCUCCUUUGUCACCUUCAUAUUCAUCCAGUACCGUGACACGCCUGUGGUUAAAUCCUCCAGCAGGGAACUCUGUUAUAUCAUCUUGGCAGGCAUAUUCUUGGGUUACAUCUGUCCGUUCACAUUAAUCGCUCGACCCACUGUCGCUUCCUGCUACUUGCAGAGACUCUUGGUAGGCCUCUCUUCUGCCAUGUGCUACUCUGCUCUGGUGACUAAAACAAACCGAAUUGCUCGUAUUCUAGCUGGCAGCAAGAAGAAGAUCUGCACCAGGAAACCACGUUUCAUGAGUGCCUGGGCCCAAGUCAUCAUUGCCUUUAUGCUUAUCAGCGUGCAACUAACUCUUGAGAUCACGCUCAUUAUUCUGGAGCCUCCCGAGCCCAUCAAAUCAUACCCAAGCAUACGUGAGGUCUACCUCAUCUGCAACACCAGCAACGUAGGCAUGGUGGCACCGCUGGGCUACAACGGCCUACUUAUCAUGAGCUGCACCUACUAUGCCUUCAAGACGAGAAACGUCCCUGCCAAUUUCAAUGAGGCCAAAUAUAUUGCCUUUACAAUGUACACUACCUGCAUCAUCUGGCUUGCCUUUGUGCCAAUCUAUUUCGGCUCAAACUACAAGAUCAUAACCACGUCUUUUUCGGUCAGCCUGAGUGUAACAGUAGCCCUGGGGUGCAUGUUCACACCCAAGAUGUACAUUAUCAUUGCCAAACCAGAGAGAAACGUCCGAAGCGCCUUCACUACAUCCGACGUGGUGCGAAUGCAUGUCGGCGAUGGGAAGUCUGCGGCUCAGUGCGGGAGCAACAGCUUCUUUAACAUGUUCCGUCGGAAGAAGGCGAUUUCUGGAAAUGCCAAUUCUAAUGGCAAGUCUGUGUCAUGGUCUGAAUCAGGUCCAAGACACCCUCCGAGGGGGGGGAAUGUGUGGCACAGACUGUCUGUGCAUGUGAGGAAACAGGAAGCCGGCUCGAAUCAGACAGCGGUCAUCAGGCCCCUAACUAACACCCCCGACCCCCACAGUUGUGAGCCCUCCACCGGCAACCAUGGCACAGACCCCCAACCUCCACAGGACACGCCUGGCACCAAGCCUCCAUGCAAUAAGGCAGAGGAAGACGACCAGGGGGAUGCACAGCGCCCCCUCUGGACUCCGGCUUGCUCGGAACAGACGCAACAAGGACUGGAAUUUGAUUUAGAUGAGCCUGCUUCUAAUUUGCCCUCCGACUUCAUACGCCCCACCCAGGAGUGCUUGCAGGGGGCGUUGUUGAACACGCACAGCUCUCAUGUCCCUGCACUAAAAAGCCACACUUCCUUUGAGCAAAUUCCUGCCAAUGAGCCUUUGAGCCUGAUGCCCUCUCAGUUUCCUUCAGACCCAAGACUGGGGGAAUUUGAGGACGAAGGGUCUGAGGAUGAGGAGCUGGACCUCCUGCACAGCUACAUUUACGACGCCAAGGAGGAGGGGGAGGGGGAUGAAGGAGAAGGUGAGGAUUUAACUCCAAAUAAGACCAUUCUGGAAGAUUCUCUGGCUCUGUCUCCCCCCUCCCCCUUCAGAGACUCGCUGUGUUCAGGGGAUUCUGCAAACGGCUCCCCCAUCAUCGAUUCCCUGCUCGGUAGCUCAGUCUACACCUCAAAUAUCCUCCAAAACUUUGCACACAGCUCCUCAACACUGUGAGAGCAGAACCGGCGAAGUCAAUGGACAUUUCUUUCGAAACAUCCAGAUACACACAAACAACUUUUCAAAAUUUUCAUUAAGUGAUUUGCUCGCUUGAGUUUAUUUCUUUUAUUCGUAGGUGAGUAAAAAAAAAGAAAAAAAAAGUUUAAGGAUACAUAUAUGAGGAAUUAUUUACUUUAAAAGCGCUUUUGGGAAAGGCUGUUAUUGCACGUUUUUUCAAAAAGAUUUACAAGGAAGAGUGCCAAAACCAAUCGGAGGCUUGUGCUAUGAAGCAGGUUUAUUGGCUUAUUGAAGUAGCUUAGGCUUCAACAGAUAAGAUUUCAACAGAUGUGUGAAUAAAUUAAAAGGACAGAGAUGACUGAAGAGUGAAGCAUUGUCUUCUGUCUCUCUCUAAAUUAAUUUCACUGAGAUGCUGUUAAUAAAGUACAUCCCACCAGAAUUGAUAUUUAUUUAUAUGUAUAACAAAGACUAAAUCAUCCAAGGUUUUUGCUUAAAUAUUAAAGAAUCUUUAAUUACAUGAUGUGACGUUGUAGAUCCUGAGUGACUGAAAAUGAACUUGGAUGUUUACAAUACCCCAUUACCUGGAAUGUAUGAUUUUUAACUUGAAUAGUAUUUAGGGUAAAGUGUGUGGAACAAUCAUUUUCUUAAUAUUUCAACUUUGUCUCAGGUCUCAAUAAUAGGAAACACCUGCCCUGCAAACACCGGACAUUCAACUUUUAAACAUGUUAAGAGAGCAUUAAACAUUCUUUUAUACACAUAUUUAAUGUUUCACUUUUCAUUUUGCUGUUUAGAUUAGUGGAUCUCAUUUGGUCUGGCUUCAGGUACCACCAACAAACCUUAAUGACAACACAUGACCCAAAGGAAGUCAACUCUUCAACAAUUUGGAAUAAAAGUAUGCAAUUUGGAUAUUAUAUGGUAGAAUGGACCGAUUUUCCCUAUAACACUAAAUUACUUGCAUUUUAUUUAAAACCAGCUUACGUUAGACUUGUUUGCCUUUCUGUAGCAAAUUCAGAAGUGCUUUCAUGCUCAAACAUGAAUUAAAAUUCCAACUAUUUCAACGUCUGAGAAUGAAUUUCUCUGUAGUUGAACUAAAUGUUCAGUCCUCAUCCACCAUGCUAAAAAUAACUGGUUUAGACAGAGGACAAGACAGGUUUAUUAUACUGUAACAUUCAUACACAUGACAAUUUGAAUGAUUUAGAGGAAAAUAAAAUAGUAGAGGCAAAGAAAAUUACAAUAAAGUCUUAGGCUAAAUUUAAAGAAUAAAUGCUAUGAGGAUCACAUAAAGUGCAAAUAGAAAAUAGGUAAAUACCUAAGACUUGCUAAAAAAAUGAAUUGAUAAACGACAAAGUCGUCUAUUUUCUUCUAACUUUCAGUUUAGCAUGUGGGACAUAUUAAAAUAAUGCAAUAUGCAAUGAUAAAUUUGUACUUUUGUGAUGUGGCAUUGAUAUUGAUAAGUUUAUAAAUCUUUGUGUUGAACACACUGAGCUUUAUUUUCUGCUUCUUCAUUGUCGUUGAGUCUCUGACAUCAAAUCUGUCAAUCUUAUAGGAAGGGUAGACUGACCAAGGGUUAGUUAAGAUAGUUGAGCUAAAACUAAAAACCUGCUUUGUAGUACCGGCCUCUUCUUUCAAGCCAAACGAACCUGGAAAUCAUGAUAGAAGACAUAAUUUUGGUUUUGAUGGUGCAAACAAAAGGUAUGUAAGAAAAACAAUUUUAUUGAGAACAUAGAGAUGUAAGGGUACAUAAAAAUCACAGUUUGGUAUGUACCUCGUCUUUAACGCCAUAUGAGAGAACAUCUUCAGUAUGUUGACAUUGAGGGCAACAAAAGUUAAGUUUUUUUUUUUUUUUUUAUAAUAUAAAGUGUACCUGACUACAAGCUUCUUGCAAAUUUUCCAUUUCCUAUUUUUCAUUUUAGUUUUCUAGGUUUUACUUUUCAGGGUUUGACUUAAUUGGCAUAUGAGCUCAAAACUUGUUUUUUGUUGUUGUUUUUUUUUUUUUUUUUUUUUUUUAACAAAUCUUAAAAUAAUGCUGAAACUGGCUUUCCAUUUGGUAGAUUGAUAAUGCAUAUUUAACAGUUCCUUUGAGAGUUUAACAAAUUUAAAUCAGUUGAAACUUAUUUACUUACAAAAUGUACUGGGUUAUUCAAGGGUUUUUUAAAAUUAUUUUUCAUCCAUUUGAAUGAAACAAACAAACUGGAGACAUUGGAGUUUUAACUUCUCUAUGUUUCUCCAAAGUUGGAAAAAAAAUGCAAUUUAAUAACUCCUGAACUUUAAGACUACUUGGGAACCAUGAACCUAAUAUUGUUCUUGUGUUAAAAUUAGUGGGAGGAUCAGCACAACCUUUGGAUAACCUUAGUUUCUACUAUCUUAUAUAAAGCUGAUAGAGUCUGCUCGAUGAAAUGCUGAUGAGGGAAACUAUAAUGUGGCUUUACUAUCUUACAAAUCUGUUUUAUAAGGAAUAUAGUUGCAGACACACACCAAAAAUGAUAAAUAUGAAUUAAUCUGUCGCUAUUCUUACAAAAAGACAAGUUUCAUGUCUUUGUUAGAAUAAAUGCAGCUCAUUCUUCUCCGGAUCAGAAGAGUAAAGAAAUCUCAGCUGUGUUAAAGAUAUUCUUUUUUUAGUUCAUCUAACCUCCAAUAGUUUUGUCUUAAGUCUUUAAUACAACAAAAUAUUAAGAAAUGUGCCAAACAUUGGUUACAUACUAACUAUUAAAAGGUCUCAAACACCAAAUAACGAUACAAACUGUCAUUCAGUUGAAGGCUUGAGCUGUAUGAUAUACAUAUCAUGUGCCAAUUCCUGGUUUUAACUCUUUUAUAUAAAUUAUCCAAUGAAGGUGAUUGUGUGAUUGUAGAUCAUGGCAUUGCUAUUGAUACAGUUUACACUAAAUUAUAGCCCUAGGAAUGAGUUUUAAUGGCAAGACAGGUGAUUUUAAAAAAACAAAGAAAUGUUUUUUUUUCCUUUUCAUGCUGCGCUGGUAUUUUUCCACGUUUUUCAAAGUUUUACUGUGUCAUUGUAUUUGAAACACAGUACAAGUUGUACAAGCUCUCAAAGUUUUUAAUACUGUUUAAGCCAUCAAUUGCUUUUUUUCUCACAGGUGGUAUGUUUGUAAUAUGGAUAAAUGUUUAUAUAUUUAGAAUGUGAACAGAAAAAAAAAGUUUAUACAUUUUGAAACUGUCCGCAGAUGCUGUGUGUUUGAAUUUUUGGUAACUUUUAAGCUAACUUGAGUUAACUGUAUCCUCUUGCUUUCUGUAAUGGGAUCAUACAUGUUUCAGUUUCGCUUAAAUCUUGCUAUAAACUUAAGUAGUUCAAUUAAGACUAGAUUUCUUACCCUUACUUUUUUAAAUCUUUAAGAUGGAAAAUAAUUUUAAAGUUAAAGGACUACAUGGUACAUACUGUAGUGCAACUGUAUUGUAUUUCCAAAUGUUUUUAGUCGAAAAUAGUGUAAGUUGUUUAAUGAUUUAAGCUGAUGUAAAAUAUACGAGGUGCCACCUGUUUUAACACUGUUGAAUCUAGAGUGAAAUAGGCCUUCAUGUUUUGAGUAAACUGGACAUGAACAAUGCUGUAAAAAUAAAAGUUAUUUAUAUCUAGAA